GGGUCCCGUCCCUGGGCCCGCAGAAGAGGGCUGAAGGUGGCAGGGUCCGGCGAGGCCGCGAUGAAGCUCUGCGGCGAGGACGCGGCGGCCCCCGCGGGGGACCCCUGGGAGGAGUGCUUCCAGGCCGCGGUGCAGCUGGCGCUGCGGGCUGGACAGAUCAUCAGAAAAGCCCUCACUGAGGAAAAACGUAUUUCAACAAAAACGUCAACUGCAGAUCUUGUGACAGAAACGGAUCACCUAGUGGAAGACUUAAUUAUUUCCGAGUUGAGAAAAAAGUUCCCUUCACACAGGUUCAUUGCAGAAGAGGCUGCAGCCUCCGGGGCCAAGUGUGAGCUCACCCACAGCCCCACCUGGAUCAUCGACCCCAUUGAUGGCACCUGCAACUUUGUGCACAGGUUCCCUGCCGUGGCAGUCAGCAUCGGCUUUGCUGUUCACCAAGAGCUUGAAUUCGGAGUGAUUUACCACUGCAUGGAGGAGCGGCUAUACUCGGGCCGGCGGGGCCGGGGCGCCUUCUGUAACAGCCAGCGGCUGCAGGUCUCCAGAGAGACAGAUCUCUCCAAGGCCUUGGUUCUAACAGAAAUUGGCCCCAAGCGUGACCCUGCAACUCUGAGACUGUUCCUGGGCAACAUGGAGCGGCUGCUGCAUGCCAGCGCUCACGGGGUCCGCAUGAUUGGAAGCUCCACCUUGGCACUCUGUCACCUGGCCUCAGGUGCUGCCGAUGCCUAUUACCAGUUUGGCCUGCACUGUUGGGACCUGGCAGCUGCCACGGUCAUCAUCAGAGAAGCAGGCGGCAUUGUGAUGGACACUUCUGGUGCACCCCUUGACCUCAUGGCAUGCAGAGUGGUUGCUGCUGGCACAAGGGAGAUGGCCAUGUUCAUAGCUCAGGCCUUACAGACUAUUAACUACGGGCGUGACGAUGACCAGUGA